GUUGACUCAUUUUAGACCAUUCCAUUGGUCCUGAAUAAAAAUCACCACACAUCAGGAGCACCGGGCUAUGAAAAACUAAUCCGACCACUUCUUCGCUGUCUAAAAAGUGUACAGUUUGGUAAUGUAACGUUAUCGAGUUAAAUUCGCCGGAAUCAUAUGUGCUUUCGGUUUAUAACUUUGUUUUAAAAACUAGAAGCCCUGCGACACGGAAACAAACUAACGCAACAUGCAUGAAGAUUGAAACAAACUUGCAUCGUAGUUGCAGGACAAGCCGCAGCUUCUGAGCGGGGUAGAUGCAGGGAGGGAGGGAGUAAAAAAGUCUUUGUGCUUCCCCUCCCCCUCAUCAAAGCAAAGGGGGAAAUGUCUCUUUCUAAAGGAGGAAAGAAGAAGAACCCAGGCCUCAAGCUCUCCAAAGAGGUCUUUGAUCAGCCCCCACCUGCAGCCGCAGCCCCCCCUCGAGAUCUGGAUUCCAAAGCCUGUGUUACCAUUGGAGAAAAGAACUUUGUUGUGAAGGCAGAUGACUUGGAGCAGAUUGGGGAGCUGGGUAGAGGAGCGUAUGGCGUGGUGGACAAGAUGAGACAUGUGCCCAGUGGGCUUAUCAUGGCCGUCAAGAGGAUCCGUGCCACAGUGAACACCCUGGAGCAGAAGAGACUGCUGAUGGACCUGGACAUCUCCAUGAGGACCGUGGACUGCUUCUUCACGGUCACCUUCUACGGCGCUCUCUUCAGAGAGGGUGACGUGUGGAUCUGCAUGGAGCUGAUGGACACGUCUCUGGAUAAGUUCUACAAGCAGGUGAUUGAUAAAGGCAUGACCAUCCCUGAAGACAUCCUGGGGAAGAUCACUGUAGCGAUCGUCAAGGCUUUGGAGCAUCUGCAUAAUAAACUGUCAGUGAUACACCGAGAUGUGAAGCCGUCCAACGUGCUGAUCAACACACAGGGCCAGGUGAAGAUGUGUGACUUUGGCAUCAGCGGCCACCUGGUGGACUCUGUGGCCAAGACCAUGGACGCCGGCUGCAAGCCCUACAUGGCGCCAGAACGGAUAAACCCCGACCUCAACCAGAAAGGCUACAGCGUCAAGUCAGACAUCUGGAGUCUAGGAAUCACAAUGAUUGAGCUGGCCAUUCUGAAGUUCCCCUAUGACUCGUGGGGUACACCCUUCCAGCAACUGAAGCAGGUAGUGGAUGAGCCCUCUCCACAGCUGCCCUCGGACCGCUUCUCCCCUGAGUUUGUGGACUUCAGCUCCCAGUGCUUAAGAAAGAAACCCAACGAGAGACCCGCCUACACAGAACUAAUGCAACACCCCUUUUUCACCCUGCAUGACUCCAAAGAGACGGACGUAGCCAGCUUUGUCAAGAUCAUCCUGGCAGACUGACAGGCCCCUCCACCCACCAGGGUAGGAGGUAGGUGGGACUUCUCCACCCACCCACCAAUCCAAGGCCUUUCAGAAAGCUCACUGGAAUUGAUCUGCCACACAACUCCAACUUUCUUUCCCCAAAGACUGACGCCAGCUCACAGAGGCCACGUGGGAAAGCGCUUGUAAUAUGAACUCAAGAUGUUGAUGGUGUCCACCCAAACUGGAGAUGGUCAACUCGCCCACGGGUCCAACAAACCUUUCCCUCCCUCUACUCCUACAAACUGAACUGAUUCAAACUCUUCACUGUACCAGUUUUCUGAUUGGACAGUGUCUGUCAGCAGGAAGAAAAUCUCUCUUUACACAUACUGUAUGUCCAUCACUCUGAAUUACACAGAAAGCCAAAAAGAAUUCGGUGAAAUGUGUACGUCUCUGUAUAAUGAAUUGAAAAGAUAUAUAUUUUUCA